AUGGCCAACUCGUCGGACUAUAAAAACCCGAUCUUAGUCGCAAAUAAUUCCCCAAAAUCCACCAGGCUCGCCAUCUUGAAUUGUGUUGCCAGCAGCAGCGGCGCAUUCAUCGGCAUCGUACUUCACCAAAAGCCCGGGAAUGCCUCGGUCUACGUGCGCAAGCACUGGCCGGAAUCCUCCGCACUCUGCAUCAUGCCACACGAUCAAUACGUCCUGGACUUCCAUCUCAUGGCCGUCCACGGCUUCGUCCAAUACAGCGCGGACAUGGGCAACGAACAUUUUACAUCGAUCCCGGCGCACUUCCAAAUUAUUCCCCCAACUUUCCAAAGAAACCAGUCACCGUUCGCCACCCAGGUGAGGCUGCCGAACGGCAUAUGUUGCGGUUAUCGACUCGAACACACCGUCCCCCCUUUACGCGUGGAGUAUGACCUGAUCCACCAAAAUGGAGAAUUCCACUACAACCAACAGUUCUCAAUACUCCAGAAUCAUGGCGACUGGCUGCCAAAUGGCCUGCAGUCAAAACCUACAUUCUUCAUCUUCCGCGACCGGUCGGCCGUGUGGGCGCAGGCCGCAUCUCCGGCGACGACAGAUGAGCAUUACUACUACCAGAAGGCGGAGCGGUAUCGCAUCUUGCCGAAGACGCUCGCUCUGUCGCAGCCGUUGUCGGGGUUGAUGUACGAUGUGCGGAAAAUCAGGCACGGGGUCCACGACGUCCUCGCGGCGGACGCGCUGAGCUACAAGCUCGCUCACGAUCGGAGUAUUGUUAUUCGGAGUCGCAAAAGCCCGUUGAGGAGACGUUUGAUCGAUACUGUGUAUAUUACCGUCGAGGAGAUACGCUCCGAUGCUCGGGAUGCGAGUAGCACGAGGGACGUGGUCAACUACUCCCAGACUCCGCCCCCACAGGUCGUUAUACUUGUCCACGUGGACGUGUCUACGCCGCGGACUCUUGCCACGCCCAACAUGGGCGACGUUCGGAGCCGAUGGGGCCGUGUACUGUGUCAGCAUGGAAUGUUCAACCGGCGUCAGCAAUGGAUUACAACCACGUCCUGGUAUUCACAAGGACUGCAAUGA